GAUUCAACCUCGUCAACUGCACGAACCCGUCGCAGUUCCUCGACGACACCCCCAGCAACAUUCUUAUCCGGCAGAUACUCGGCGCGAUCGCCGAGUUCGAGCGCUGCCAGAUCGUCCAGCGGCUCAAGAGCGCCCGGGUGCAGAAGCUAAAGGUUACGACGAAGAAGACGUUGUCGAACAAGCCGAAGAUUACGGGGAAGAAAAACCGUCUGGAGCUCGCAGAGGGGCCUCGCAUUAAGAGGGCCCUGGCGACGUGGGUGCGCAAGGGAGACCUCGUGGCAGGUGAUCUCACGAAGGCGAGGCGCGCCCUGCUGAACGCCGGGAUCAAGACGAAGGCAGGGUACCCAGUGAGCCUGGCCCAGACGGCGACUUGGAUCCGUGCGCUGAAGCAGCGCAAGCCGUAG